AGUUUCAAGGAUGAGGUUGUCGUUCGCUCACUCGUUGUCGAGUGGACCGAUCCACGGGGCAACAUCGUGCACGCUAUCCGCGCGGGUGCUCACAAGCCGAUUGAGAUUCGUAAGCGUGGGUUUGUGCUCAGCCAGUUGUGGAGACUGGUGAAACAACCGUCACUAGAUUCUCACUUGUGGAAGGAAGGGAUCUCGAGCCUCGGUACGAACGCGUACAAGGGCUCGCUGCACUACUCCAAUGACAUCGAUGCUUGGGAGCUGUUCAAGGUUGAGGAGGACGGGACAUCGUACCGUGUCGGAUUUCGUGGCGAGAAUCUCGACAACGUCUCCAUUACCAGUGAUCAAGCCGCUGCCAUGAUUGCCAAGCUCACCUUUCCGUAG